GGCCGCUGGCGGGAGGCGGGAGGAAGGAGAAGCAGCAGCGGCAGCAGCUCCGCUUUGCAUCUCUCCUCCUCCUCCUCCUCCUCUUUGGAUUACUGGCCUUGCGAAGCCGAGGAGGAGGAGGAGGAGGAGGAGGAGGAGGGCUGGUUCCGGGCGGAGCAUGCUCACAAGCGGCGGCGGCGGCGGCGGCGGCGUCCUCCUCCCAGUCCCUCCCGGGCGCCCUCCCCUCCGAGCCGCGCGCCUUCUCCUCCUGACAUCUCUCUCCGCCGAGGAAGGAAGGAAGGAAGGAGGAGGAGGAGGAGGAGCAGGUGUGCCGCCCAGCCCGGACCCGCGGAGCCCCCGCCCUGGAGCCCAGCACCGCCGGCCGCCCUCCCCGCCCGCCCGGAGAGCAAGGAACCAGGCGCCCAGGCGGUCAAUUUCCCAAGCCCUCCGAACACAGAAGUGGAAGAAGACGGAGACGGAGACAGAAGCGUGCCCUCCGCUCAGUGGCUUUUUCUUUCCAAGUCAAAGGCAAAGAUGGUUCCAGGAUGAGCACCGGAGUCUCGAGUUUGCAAAGGUUUGCUUGAGAAAAGAACCAGAGACACUUAGAAGGUUGCUUCUCGCCUUUGACCAACUUGCCACUGACAAUGACGCUGUCAUGGCCUGGCUGAAGGCCUUGACACAAUUCUCUAAGGGAAAUCCCUGGACUGCAACAAUGGGGAAGUUUCCCCACUUUGAAGGAGUCUGUCCUGUUCUGACAGAGUGAAUUCCAUUGGACCUCAGAGGUUCUUUAGCUUUUGUUUGUCUUCUAAGUAACUCUACUUUGAAGCCUUGAAUUCACAACCGUUCUCUGUAAGCGCCAGCUCUCGCAAAUGCAGAGAAAGCAGAAGGAGGACAGAAGAGUCCUCAGCUGAUUGCAAAUGAAGCCCGUCAAGGCCUCACCAAGAUAGAACCGCCUGCAUCUCUUCUGAGGUCAUGGAUCCUGAACAAGGACAGAAGAGCACAAAAAAGGGCGAGGAAGGUCCGCGGAAGAGGCUUGUGAAGGGAGAGGCAUUCCAAGGCAGUGUCUCCUCCGUGGCAACGUAUCACCUGAGCCGCUCCGCCUCUUUGCAAGGCUCCCCCGUCCAGGACGUUGUGCCUCAGCAACAUUUUCCAAAGGAUGAAGCCCUAGAGACGACGGGACAAACACAACCCACACAUUCCUCUUUUGAGCCUCUGGCACAUCUUGGCCAGCACUCUCUGUCAUCAGCGUACAUGCCUCCCCGUCACCCGGAGCACGCCCUCGAAGGGCCCACGUGGCAGCUCAUUGACCCCGCGAGAGCGCUGCCCUCGGGUUCAUUCCCACCCUCUGGGCCUCAUUCCACCCACAGCCAGAUCUUAGCACCACGGUCUUCUGUCAUUCCCGAAGAGGAGGCGUCUUCUGUCCAAAAGGUCUAUGCCUCUCGCACGUCGCAGGUGUCCUUAAAGCCGCCUGAAGAAGGCCACAAGAAGGAAAAGAAACCCCAGAAACCCGGCAAAUACAUCUGCCAGUACUGUAGCCGACCUUGUGCCAAACCAAGCGUCCUCCAGAAACACAUCCGAUCCCACACAGGAGAGAGACCUUACCCCUGCAUCCCGUGUGGGUUUUCCUUUAAGACCAAGAGCAAUUUGUAUAAACACCGGAAAUCUCAUGCUCACCGAAUCAAAGCCGGGCUCUCUACGGGGCCUGGGACAGAACUGAAUCCUUCCGGGCUGGAAAUAGAAAAAAUGGCUGGAGAAGAAUUUGAGGAGCCGACCGAGGGCGAAAGCACCGAUUCUGAGGAGGAGACCAGGAUCGCCCCCGGCCCUUCGGUAGAACUGCCGCCCAGGCAAAAGCAAGCCCUGUUGUUUGGCUCCGGAAGCCAAGGCUCCAGCCAAGAGAGCUGCUCCUUCUCCCAUUCCAGCCUGUCCCAGUCUCUCGAGGAGAGCGGUCACUUUGCAGAGCCAGCUUUGGAGAAGGCCCAGAGCCACAAGUCAGAUGAAACACACACCAUCAAGCAGAAACUGGCUCUCCGAUUAAGCGAAAGGAAGAAGGUGAUCGAGGAGCAGUCUUUCCUUAUUCCCGGCAGCAAAGGAAGCACGGAGUCGGGCUAUUUCUCGAGGUCGGAGAGCGCCGAGCAGCAAAUCAGCCCACCAAAUACCAAUGCAAAGUCUUAUGCGGAAAUCAUUUUUGGCAAAUGCGGAAGGAUUGGCCAACGGACGGCCAUGCUAGCUGCCGCCACCACCCAGGAAUUUCCACAGGUCGCAGCUGAAGAGAAGCUCAGCACUGUUCCCUUGUCUGUGCCCAGAACGCAGGUGAUCGAACACAUCACCAAGCUGAUCACAAUCAACGAAGCGGUCGUUGAUACCAGUGAGAUUGAUAGUGUGAAGCCUAGGAGAAGUUCCCUGUCCAGGCGAAGCAGUAUCGAAUCUCCAAAGUCAGGUGCCUACAGAGAACCCUUCCAGUUGGAAACCAAACCCGGAAGCCAAGUGGAUUCCUCAAAGUUGCUGACGUCCCACGUGGAGAAGCCGAAACCCGAGCAAUCCCUGCUGUCGCUCCAGCAGUCCCACAGUGCCACAGAGACCGUGCCUCUCCUUCGAAGCCAUUCGAUGCCUUCAGCUGUGAGUACGAUGGGUUCUCCCCAUGCCUUCAGGGGAAGCUACUCCUUCGACGACCACCUCCGAGAAGCCGAGGUCGUAAGCCGCAGCCAGGUGUCUUCCCAUCCACGAAUGUUGAAGCGGCAGCCUGCCAUCGAACUGCCAUUUGGGAUGGAGUACAGUGCGGAGGACGUCGGCGCGGCCGGCAGAGAAGGCGUUUCCAAACCGGUGGAGGAACAAGAAGCCAAGGAAAGCGAGCUGACCAAAAAGUCAAGGAAGGGCGCCAAAACGAAAGGGUUCAUGCACGAGUGUACGGUUUGUGGUGCUCGGUACAAGAAAAGGGAAAACUAUGAAGCUCACAAGAAGUAUUAUUGCUCGGAGCUGCAGAUCCCCAAGCCCCAUCCUUCUGGUUCUCAUACCUCAUCAGAAGCGGAGAGAGGCUUCAUGGAAUCGGAUCCUUGGCCACAGGUGAUGCACUAUAAAUUGGGAAGUAGCUCAGAACUGACAUCGCUGAGGAAGAGGCGUAAGGAGAAGAGCCUUGGGGAUGAGGAGGACCCCGUCCCUUUCGAACUGACCGGAACAGCCUCCCCUGGCACCGGGGCAGCCACUCCGUUUGCCGGUUUGAAAUCCAUGGAUGUGGCCUUCAGCCUGGCUCCUGGACCCAUGAAGUCACCCACGGAUCCUGGUCAGUCGGUGCAUCUUUCUGAUGUGAGUGGAAGUUUCAACCCCAUGGCUGCAAGACCCUUCGUUAGUACAGAAAGCAGGGAAAGGAGGAUCUCAAAGGAGAUCUCUGUUAUCCAACACACAAGCUCGUUUGAGAAAUCGGAUUCCAUAGAGCAGGUGAGCGGGUUAGAAGAGGAGGAGAGGUUGUUGUCGCCAUAUGCAUCCCAGCCGGCAGCCCAGCACGGCAGGGUGUCGCAUUCCUUGCAACCCAAACUGGUGCGCCAGCCCAAUAUCCAAGUCCCCGAGAUCCUGGUCACCGAGGAGCCCGACAGGCCAGAAAUGGAGCCCGAGCCUCCUCCGAAAGAGCCCGAGAAAACCGAGGAGUUCCAGUGGCCACAGAGAAGCCAGUCUCUCUCCCAGCUCCCUGCAGAAAAGCUGCCGCCCAAAAAGAAGAGGCUCCGGCUGGCGGAAAUGGCCCAGUCGUCGGGAGAGUCCAGUUUUGAGUCAAUCCGGAGCCCCAGCCAGGAGAGCAGCCUCUCCUACGCGUCCAGCCACACGGCAUCGUUUGAGCGAGAGGAGGGCGCUUCCCAGCCCCCUGAGCCCCACGCGCAGCCUCCUGGCCUGGGCUCCUACACGUUGAAAGUGCCCGGUCACCACUACCCUCCCCAUUCCCGGGAGAUGCGGAGGUCGGCCUCCGAGCAGACACCCAAUGUUCCUCACUCCGCUUCCAUGUCGGAGACGCGCAGCAAGUCCUUUGACUACGGGAGCCUCUCGUCCUCGGCUCCUCCCGGAUCCCACCCCCAAAGAUCAACAGCACCCCCUCCGGAGAGGAGGAAGUGCUUUCUUGUCCGACAGGCCUCCCUGACGAGGCACUCCGAGUACGAACAAGACUCCUCUCCCAAAGGAGGGGCCGAGACUGAGGAGUUGGUGCCGCUUUCGGACACAUCUCCUGCGUCAAGCUCGUCCCACCACCAGCCGCCCUCAUCUUCCUCCUCCUCCUUUCCUCACAGAGACUAUCCAUCUGACAAGGGUCAGCCAAAGGACUGCCCUGAGCUGGUGCAUUCCCAUAAGCACAUCGAAGCUCUACGGGUGUUCCAUCACUCCGCACCAAAUAUCCUUCACGAGAAACAGUCCUUGACUCCCGAGAUCUCCCUCUUGCCGUUCCAGCACCUCUUCCCUCAUCUGGGGCAGUCGGUGGAGCUCUUCUCCACCCAGGCUCUGGCCGACAUCUUCUCUGCUCCGUACUCCAUCCCGCAGAUGCCUCGCUCCGUUCUGCAGCGUGCGGCUCUUCCGCUGCACGGAGCCUUGAUGCACCCAAGCCAGCUUCACAUUGCGUCCCCGCUCUUGUCGCACCCGACCGACGUGGCCCUCAGGCACGCUCCGUCCUUUGUCCCGGUGCACUAUCCAGGUUCUCCAUCGCUCCCGUCUGCGUUCUUUCUGCCCCUUCAGACGCAGCUUGCUCUCCAGUUCCCAAGCGACAUCGGUGCUCAUUUGCACCAACUCAAAUCCAGCUUCGUUCCACCAGCAGGAAGCCCAGCCUUCUCCUCAGUCAUUGACCACGGCUCUGAGAACCAGUUACAGAUUUUGGCUCACCCAAGCAGCCCAUCGGCAUCGAUCUCCAUCUCUCAGUUGGUGGUGCCUGCGAGUUCUGAGCCUGUGGUGUCCCUUGUUGUCCCGGUUCGCAUUGAGACUAACAUGCCGUCAUAUGGAAGCGCAAUGUACACCACUCUUUCCCAGAUCCUAGUGACUCAGUCUCACUGCAACUCCUCUUCUAUCAUCGUGCCAAAACUGGAUGAUUAUCAGACCAAAGGUACCUUGGUCUGCACCACUAACAUCCACGGAAUUGGCCUCGAUCUAGCACAGAUCAUUGCCAACGAAAAGAAGUCCUUGUUCCAGUCUCCAUACCUGAGGUUUCCAUUGUCACUAUCAGAAACAAAAGGCUACAUUCCCCUGGGGUCCCCGCCCGAAAGUGUCUUGGGUCUCGAAGGAAGCCCGCUGAGCGUUGGCGGAAGCAAGCGGAUGCUGUCUCCAGCGGGGAGUUUGGAGCUGACGAUGGAAACCCAGCAGCAAAAAAGAGUGAAGGAAGAAGAAUUUUCUGAAACGGAGGAGGAGAAGCUGGAGAUUGUGACCGCGUCCAGUGAAGAAGAGGAAGGGAAGAAGCACAACCAAAGGAUAGCCAAGGCAGAGCUGUCUUCCGCUGUAUCUCGCGAAUGGCUGCAAUCCCAGGAAAUCCAGGCUACACUCCAGCUGGUGUUGCCCCGCUCGGAGAUCUUGAGCUUUGAAGCACAAGAGGAACACAAGCCCUUGGCUGGAGAACAGCUCCAAAGCCAGGAUUCUCCGGAGACGUUGGAGAAGGAGAGCCCCAAAGAAACACUGGGGCCGCCCGCAGGAAAUGGUCCAAACCCGGCACUUUCCUCUGACUUGGCACAAAUUGCAAAAAAGUCCCACGGCAGUACAGCCGUUAAGAAGGCCUUUCCAUUCCCCAGUCUCAAUACAACUACUAAUGUCAGUUGGUGCUAUUUAAACUACAUCAAGCCAAACCAUAUCCAGCAAGCUGACGGGAAGUCCUCGGUGUACACCAGCUGGUGCAUUAGUUUGCACAACCCCAACCUGCCGGGCGUCUCCACCAGAGCAGCUCUUUCACUCCUGUGCUCCAAGCAGAAGGCGAGCAAAGAGACCUACACCAUGGCCAGGGCUCCCUGUCCAGACGCAGGGAAGAUGGUCCCCUCGGGCUCCAGGAAGCCCAGGAUGUCUGAGGUUCAUCUGCCUUCGCUCCCUCCCAGUGAAGGUCGGAAAGAUGGAAAGAAAACGGAUAAGGAAGAGGAGAAAAGAGGGAACGCUGAAGAGGACAUUCCUGUCUCCAAACAAGGGGAACCGGCCCGAAUCAGGAUCUUUGAAGGAGGGUACAAAUCAAACGAAGAGUAUGUGUAUGUGCGAGGCCGUGGACGCGGGAGAUAUGUAUGUGAGGAGUGUGGAAUUCGCUGCAAGAAACCCAGCAUGCUGAAGAAACACAUUCGCACGCACACAGACGUCAGGCCAUAUGUCUGCAAGUACUGUAACUUUGCUUUUAAAACCAAAGGGAAUCUGACUAAACACAUGAAGUCAAAAGCUCACGGCAAAAAAUGCCAGGAGCUGGGUGCGUUGGUGUCUUCACUAGUGGAGCCAGAAGCAGAAGAAGGGACUAGUGAAGAUCCCUUCCAAGAUUCAGAAGGGCAGGAAGGAUCUGAGCUCUUUGAAGAACACCAGUUUUCAGAUUUGGAAGAGGAGGAGGAGGAGGAGGAGGAGGAUGACAGCGAGGAGGAGGAGGACGAGGAGGAGGAGGAAGAGCAGGAGGAGAACGAAAACUAUUCACCGCCAAAGCCUUCGGAGACGAAGAACACUCCCCCCUUACGAGGGCAUUGCCUAGGAAGGGACCCCUCUCCCCACAAGGCAGGAACCACGACAGCUUUGCCUUCAAUGCAGAACGUUUUCUGUAGCAGAGAGCGGACUGUCCAGAAUCACCGGACGGGCAGCUCAGGGCCGGAAAUGAAACGGCCACCGGUCAGCAGCGAAGUGGCGGCCUGUCACAGCUUCUUGAGACUUCACGGCCCGGUGUUGACCUCUAGUUUGCUCUUGGCUUCUGCUGAGAAGGGAUCCAUGGCAAAGCCUCGGGUGCUUCUGUCAGUGGACUUCUCCAUCUCCAAAGACACUUGUCCUGGAAUACAGUCCGGCCCUGACGGUGGGGGCCGUCAUCAACCCAUGCUGGCUAGUAGGCACCUCUUGACCACCCCUGAAUCUCCACCUUCGGAAGAGGCCUCCUCGCUGAGAAGCCCCUCCUCGGGGCUGGGGGUCUCUUCCUCUCGCCGGGUCUUAUCUCCAAGCCAAGAGGCCGCCCCACCAUCUAGUCUGUCCCCGCGACCCGAGCGGUCCUUAAACAGAUACAUUUCUCCAAGCCAAGAGCGGUCAUCCCAGGUGCACCUUCCACCAGAGCAAAGCGCGUCUCCCGUGAGGCACGUUUCUCCAGUCAGGGAAAUAGCGGCGGUGAGAUACGUGUCCAUGAAUGAACUGAUCUCCGAGAGCGGUUCAGAACCACCGCCACCUUCACAAAACCCGUCUCCAGGGAGAGAGGACGUGCCCUCUCGUCGCCUCUCCGAAGCAGACGAAGAAGUUCACCGCUUGUGUAAAACUCAGCCUGAAAUAUCACCUCUGAUGCCUCUACCUCACUGGUCCUUUGACAAAAGUACGGAGCUGUAUGAAGAACCCAACACGAAGGCAGAAUUGAGGGAACGUUCUCCAGGCAUUGUGAAUGAGCUUCUCUGCGCGAGACCUUUGCAAUCACCCCACGAAGUGCGCACCUGUAACCCAGGUCAGGUGGGAGAGCGCAUCUUCAGCCACCUGCCCCUGCACUCGCGGCGGCUGCCCCGGAACCCUUGCCCCCUGAUCCCCAUUGGGGGCAUCCAGAUGGUCCAAGCCAGGCACGUUGGCCUCCCCAGCUUGCGGGGCGGAUUUGUGACGGCCUUGCAAGGCAGCUCCUUCGCACAUGGCGACAACUUCACCGAAAAGGGACAGACAAAAGGAAAGGGCAGAGAAACUCCUCAUUCACCAGCAGCCCCCCCAUCCCAAUGCAGCCGCUUCUCGGAAGAGAAAGUCAGGACGAGUGAGUUCCAGCAAAAGCUGGCCAACGUGAGUACACGUCCCGAACCCGGCAGCUCAGCGCAGGGAAGUCGUGCUGCUGUCAGCGUUGGUUCCUGCCCACGGGAUGAAUCCUCUCCAAAGCCUUUCGCUAUUGGAGAGGGCGACUCCGGCAAGGAGGAGGGGAACAAACAGCACAGCGGCCCACACACCUCUGGGAAAUCCACCUGCACUUUCAUGCCCACGCGGCCCCGGGACAGGAGCAGCAGCAUGGGUUGCUUGUCGCAGCCCCCGCCGAGCCGCCCGCCGUCCCUUCUGUCCAUCCGGAGGAGGAGCCUCUCGGGGGAGGCCGCGUCCGCGAGAGGGGGUCUCCGGAGGAACAGCCCUCCCUUAGGACAAGCCUCCGUCGGACUCACUCCCGGGCCAGCGGGUAACAACGCGGGAAGCACGUGAUCGCUCUCUUCUUCUUUUUCUACAGGCUCUCCCAGGGCGCUUCCAGGCAGCGCCAGAACGUGGGAUUGAUACACGGGAUAAACAAACCCGGGAUCCCACAGCAGGGCCCCUUUCUGUGUCUUGAGAUAAAUUGGAGGGUGGGCAGGGAACAUCCAGCAGAAGUAGGUUUUUCUAAAAAUCACUCAAUUAUGUGCUGAUGCGUAUAUGCGCACAUGCAAAUCUCCUAAUAUUUAUAUAUUUCUACCUCGCUCUUCUCACCCGACAGGGGCUCAGAGCGGCUUAGAGUUUGGCCACAUUGGUGCCACAGUGUACAAAUACAAUACUACAUCAUCAUCAUCAUCAUCAUCAUCAUUUAAUUACUUAUUAAUUACUUAUUAUCCAUCCACGAUGCUCUAGGCGAUUUACAAGAUAAAAUUGUAAAGGAUAAAAAUACAUACAUACAAAUAUUGAUAAAAUUAACAUAGAUUAAAAGCUCUAGUAAAGAGCCAGGUCUUGAGUGCGAGGGUAAAAGGCCCUAACUCACGCAUGGUUCUCAUAUAGGGCGGCAAGGCAUUCCAUAAUACAAUACAAAUCAAAGCACAUUGAACAUAAAAUACAAGACAAAAAUCACAGAAGGCAACAUAACAUCCAGAAAUAAGAUAUAAAUAAAUAUUAAGCAUUAAAAAACAUUUAAAACCAAUUGCAAUCAUUGUAGAAAUUCGUCAAUUAAAUAGUUUAUUUCACUAAGCUCAGUCAUCAGUAAUAAAUAUGAGCCAGCGAGAAAAUUAAGAGAAGUCUCCACAAAAUAAAUACAAAAUAAUAAAAUCUGAAAACAAAACAAAAACAAAAGUCCCCUCUAAAGCCCAGGAGAAACAGAGUCGAAAGUUGAGGGAAAGUUGAGAGAAGCCAGUGGCCCCAAGUCACGUCCGGUGUCAGUAUUAAGUUGAUGGUCAAAGGGGUUGGUAAAAUUCCCCCGACAUAAAUACGAAGAGAUUCCAAUGUGUGCAUAUACGCAUCAGCGUAUAACGGCAAGGGAUUUACCUCUUUCCCCAAUUGCUUAUUUAAGAUUAUAAAGUUUAAAAUAAACACUUUCAGAGACCUCUAAUGUCUCUCCGGUGCGCUUCUCCUCUCUUGAAACCAGCUGGAAUUCAAUUGUGUCUCCGUGCGAGACCCAACGCCUGAUCAGCGGUUUAAAACCAGCACGGGUGGGAAGCAGCCUCUGCAGAAGGUCCAGAGGGAAAUCCCCAAAUUCACAUGUUUGCAGGGCCACACAGCCAUGGGAAAAUCCACUUGUUUUGCCUGGAAGCGGGAUAAAGGAGGACCUUUGUGAAUCGUGUUUUCCCUCCGUUGCUGCAAUCGAGUGCGCAUUUAGCACAAACGUCAUCCGUUCUCUCUCAGAUUUUAGGUACUGUGUGGAAGCGCCCUGCGUUGAUCUACAAAGCUUUGUCGUGGUUUGGUUUUAAUAGGUACGGGCCGACUUCGGCUCUCCGUCUAGGUGUUUUGUACUGCAACUCCCAGCAUUCCUAACAGCCUCGGGCCCCUUCCUUUUCCCCCUCAGCCGCUUAAGCGGCUGAGGGGGAAAAGGAAAGGGCCUGAGGCUGUUAGGAAUGCUGGGAGUUGCAGUACAAAACACCCGGAGGGCUGAAGUUUGCCCAUGCCUGCAUUAGAAUAAAGAUUAGUAAACAUAAGACUCUUGCAUCCAAUCAGACCUGCAGAGCCUAUUGUUGGUUUUCUUCCUUUCUUCUGUUCUUUCUUUCUGUCUGGUAUUCACUUCUACAUGUACCUGUGCCUUUUUCUAUAUCUUUUUGUUGCUUGAAAUACACACACAAACACAGAGCAAUGAUUUGGACUGUGCAUUAAGAAGAGUAUUUUGGAAAGGCGGUGUCUCUUUCUAUGGGCUGGAUCGAUCGAUGCAGGCAAGGAAAGGGUUUGAAAUCAUUUCCAAAAUAAGGAUGUAAACACUGAAACGUGAGGAAGAGAAACACCUCUUUAAAAGAUAGUGACCCAAUGAACUGGAAAACCAACCCUGCUCCCCUGUACAUAGAGUACUUCCCCAACCCAAUAAUAUUUAUUAAUUGCUUUCUAUAAUAUUUUGCAAAGUGGUUGUUAUAUUUUGUAAUUAUGACUUUUUAAUUCUAUUAAAUGUGCUUUAAGGACAGCGACGACUGCUUCAGUUUGGGGGGGGGGGGGGAACGAGAGAGAAGUGUUUACUAUAAGUGAAGCUAGCACUUAUUUUGUAUGUGAAUGUUGGUGUUGGAAGAGCAAUUCAGCCCCCAACCCCCCAAGAAAGGACCUCUGAAUGUGCCUCCCUUGCGUGAAAAAGCACUUUUUAAAGCAACACAGAAAGAGGGAUACAUAGUCACAUGGAGAGUUACAGUAGAGUUCCGGUUAUCCGACAUAAACGGGUGGGACAAAUGUUGGAUAACCGAAACUGUUGGAUAAUAGGGAGGCCCUAUUAUCCCACCCUCACUCCCUGGCAAGCUGGGUGCUUGCCAGGAGGGAAAAGUCUCCUCCCUCCCGGCAAGCAACAGUCUUGGAAAGGCUUGCUGCUGCCUAGAAAAACCGCUGUUUUUCUAGGCAGCAACGUGCAGGCUGCUUUUCCAAGUAGGGUGCUUGGACGGGAGGGAGGAGACUUUUCCCUCCGGCAAGCAACCGGCUAAGAGAAGCCCGCUGUGUGUUGCUGCUCAGCAACAUGCCCAGGCAUCUCCAAAGUGCCGGGUGCUUGCCGGAAGGAUGAGACUUUUCCCUCCAGGCAAGCAAGCGACUUGGGACUUGGGAAAAACAGCUGUUUUUCUAGGCAGCAACGUGCAGGGGCCUUUUCCAAGCAGGGUGCUUGGCCAGAAGGGAUGAGACCUUUCCAACCGGGCAAGCGACUUGGAGAAGCCCACUGCAUGUUGCUGCCUAGCAAUGCACAGCGGGCCUCUCCAAGCGCUGGGUGCUUGCUGGGAGGGGAAAGUCUGUGCCAGCCGCAUCUAGUCCCUCCAGCAAGCACCCUGGGCCACGCAGCCUGCACGUUGGAUAAUACAGACUAUCGGAUAACCAGAAGUCGGGUAACUGGAAUGCUACUGUACUUUCUUGCCCCCUCUCCUCUGCAAAAGGAAAACAAAGACAUUGCAAGGACAUGAAAUCUCUCAAAUGUAAAAAUACCAAAAAAUAGAGAAGGGUGGAGCUCAAGGGUACGAGGCACCUUGAUACUUUCCAGAUACUUUUGCCCACGACAUCUCUCUUUGCUUCGUUUCUGAGCCUGAAUCAUCUGCAGGGCUCUAGGUUGCCUUCCCGUGCGUAGAUCUUUGCUUUCUAUGAGCCAUUCUCGCUUUGAAACAUAGCUUUACAUGAUGUUUGGAUCUUACGACCGGUCCUCUCCAGAUGAAUGUCUCUCUUUCCCAUUGCCUGUUCCAGUUUAAAAGUCCCACCAAGUUAUCGCAACGACCUUUGAAAAAGGCAUUGAAACCAUAUUUUGGAUCCAUAUUUUGGAAACCAUAUUUUGGAGAUUUUUGAGUCAGGCAUGAAGCCUCGAGCUCUACUCCUUCCUUACGGUGCAUUGUGUCUCUUCACAAGGCUUUCCCUGCUCCGAUUUCCCCUCUGACUUGAUUUUAUUGUGCUCCUUGCCAUUUUGUUUUGUUCAGUUAUUGCACAGUAUUUGUGAAUUAAAUGGUGGGGUUUUUAAAAUAUAUAUAUAUAUAAAUAUAUACCAAAUUUGGGUCCUAAUGAUGACGACAUUAACUGAGUAUAGUUCUUGAAAUAUUACGGCACUUAUGCUCACUUUAGUAAAUAAAUGUAUUGUAAAAUAUUAAUGAUAUUAAUGAUGUGUAUGCACAUUUAAUAUACAUGGUCUCUCUCUCAUGUAAGAUAAAUAUUUGCCUUUUUUCUUAAAGAUGUAUGUAUUCUGUAAGUGGAAUAGUCUUUAGACAGUUUCUAUAUGUUCCCAAAAUGGCAAUACAUUCCAAAAGGUACUGUAAAUAUGUACAGAGUACAGUGUAAUUGGGUAGUUUGGCCUGUAAUAUUUUUUUGUUUGUUUUCAGUUGACUUUCUACAUUUGCAUCUUGCAAUGUCUGUACGGUUUUAAGAGUGCAAAAAUAAUAAUAAUAAUAAUAAUAAUAAUAAUAACAACAACAACAACAAUACAGGUAAAAAGCACAGAAUAUAAUGUUUUGAAACGAGAGAGAAAUACUCUGCAUUUGGUGUUUGUGAUCCUUAUUGUAAAUGAUAUCUGUACUGUGAAUGAAAAGACGUUUUUACACGUAUAUUGCCUUUACUAUCGUUCAGGCUCUCGACUUGGUCUGAACCUAUUUUUUAAAAAAACGGCAUGUUGGAAUAAAUUUUGGAUUCCCAACAUA